UACAAUUUGGACUCUCAACACCAUCAGUAAACUUUGAACUUCAAAAUGUGAAGUUUAGAGUUGUGUGGAUGUGUGUUGGACCGAACUGGAAGAAGGAAAACCGUUUUCUAACUGGCCAGCCAUGAACAGUAAAUGGUACAGUAAAUCGUAUCCGAUAACUUGAUACUGGCAAGAGGGCACAAACCAGUCACAGCACGUGGAAUUUGUCACCAACAAAGUCGCUCAUUGCAACAAAUCCCAUGACAGUAAUUUUUGGUUCUGAAUUUUAUAGUGAAAACAUUUCUCACGUGUGGAUUUAAUAGAUGGUAGAAAAUGCCUUGGUUAUGAAACCUGGAGGUCAAGAUGUCCUUGAAGUGUACAAGUCAGAGAAAUCGCUGAAUCAUCGGACCCGGAGACAGCUUGUCAACAUAUUGGCCAGCCAUAUGACUGAGAUGCGUGGGAGGAUUCCAUCCCGUAAACAGAAGGAGAAGUAUGCCCUGGGGAUCAUUACACUCUUUCCUUCACUGAAGGAUCCUUUUUCUCCAAAGGGCUGUCUGAAUCAAGACUUUGUGCUGCUGUUUGGUGAGGAAACAUCCUCCAGGUUACUUGAGAGGUGGGACACGACCUUCAAGCCGAAGGUUAUCGAAGAGUCCAAACACCUGACUAAGUCAACCGAGCUGCACCGACUUCUAAACGCUGCUGAGAAACAUGCAGAGGAUGAUGACACCACAGGACGAAAGAGAAUCAACAUUAGUGCCAGUGAUGCAGAGGACAAAAUGGUGCACUUUCACAAGUCAUGCUGCAGCAUUGAUGAACAUCUGCGAGGAACAGAGGGUAAACAACCUUACAUCCUUGCUGUCGGCCGGGCUCAGAAGAGAAUCCACACAUUCUACAUCGUUGUGGACAAGCAGCUAAUCCCUUGCCAAGCCACCAGAUCCUUGGGUGCCUUUGAUGAGCUGUUCAAGUCUCACUACGUGUUCAAUCUUUCUUAUGAUGAGUUCCUGGUCCAUUUCUACACAUUUGUGCAGACAACAGUCUACAGCACUGACAUUACAACAACAGAUGAGUCUCCAAGAGUUCGUGAGUUUCGGGCAAAGCUUUCCCAAGAGCCCUUUCCCAAGAGCCCUUUCCCAAGUUCCCCAUUCUCUAUAAUUAGCCCAACAGAAGAAAGUGUGUGAGGACAGCACCACCAAAUUUGAAACUCUAACAGUUUAAAGUUUGAGCGUCAGAACCAUUUUCAGAAAAUGUCUUAAAAACA